UGUCAGUAGUUUCCUCAACCUCUCUCAGAUGUCUGUAUGGUUUUGGAGGUUCUGGGUCAUCAGCUAUUAAAAUGGAUCAUAAAGUCCAACUACAUGGGACUUCCUCUGGCCUGCGUCAAGACCAUCAUUAAACAGGUACUACAGGGUCUGGACUACCUCCACACCAAAUGUAAGAUCAUCCACACAGACAUCAAACCUGAGAACAUCUUACUGGAUGUCGACGAGGUUUACAUCAGGAGAUUGGCAGCUGAGGCGACCAUCUGGCAAAGAGCUGGAGCCCCGCCCCCUUCUGGGUCAUCAGGCUGGUAAACUUUCGAAAAACAAGAAGAAGAAGUUGAAGAGAAAAGCAAAGCGUCAACAAAGGCUGUUAGAAGAGAGACUAGAGGACAUACAGAGGAUGGAGGACGAAGACGGUGUGUUACAGCCUGAUGACACAGACAGUAACGGCUCUCUGGUCGUCAACGGCAACGGCAACUCUUCCUGCUCCACAUCCAACAGCAAAGCGAGCCCAGAGUCCAACAGCUCCUGGUUGGAGGACAAGUGUAACGGCCACGGUCCCGGCCGCUUCUCCAGCCCCGCCUCCGGCCUAUCAGGGUUCUCCAGCUCUGUGAUGUCAGCAACGUCUGAGUCAGCACUUUCCACACAGUCGGGAUACUCGAGCGGACGAGACGUGUGCAGCGCGUCAGAUUUUGUCCUCAGUCCUCUGGAGCCUCAAAACGCAGAUAAACUGAAAGUGAAGAUUGCUGAUCUGGGAAAUGCAUGCUGGGUGCACAAACACUUCACUGAGGACAUUCAGACCAGACAGUACAGAGCUCUGGAGGUGCUGAUUGGAGCAGAGUACGGAACACCUGCCGACAUCUGGAGCACCGCCUGCAUGGCGUUUGAGCUGGCAACAGGAGAUUACCUGUUUGAACCUCAUUCAGGAGAAGAUUACACCAGAGAUGAAGAUCACAUCGCUCACAUCAUCGAGCUGCUUGGCCCUAUCCCCGUACCCUUUGCUCUGUCUGGCAGGUACUCCAGAGAGUACUUCAACAGGAGAGGUGAGCUGCGUCACAUCACCAGUCUGAAGCCGUGGGGCCUGUUCGAGGUUCUGCUGGAGAAGUACGAGUGGCCGUUGGAUCAGGCGGCUCAGUUCAGUGACUUCCUGUUGACCAUGUUAGACCUGCAGCCUGACCGCAGAGCUACUGCAGCGCAGUGUCUGCAACACGCCUGGCUUCAGACAUGAGCGUGCACAAACACACACACACACACACUUCACACUUACACACACACACACACACACUCACAGUAGGUUUUGGGGCGUUAUUAUGGUGUUAAGGUAUACCACAAUAUUUAGAAAUCCUAAGGGUUUGAUUUUCAACUUACACAUAAAAACAUUUGCACAUGUUUUCUGUUAAAAGUGACAGACUGUGUCAAUGUGAUGUAUCGUAGUGCACAAACACCGCCACCAGAGGGCAGUCCGUCGCGAUAGAGGCAGUCAGAGGAUCAGUCAGGAAAAAUGAAAUGAAUUUAUUAAAGCAGGUAACUAACGAUGGAUGUGUGAUAAGAGCUGGAUACUGGUGCCCAAAAAUGGUGCCAAGUUUAAAACCUCCAUGGAUCAAAAGAGUCAUAAUUGAGCUUGUCUGAUUUAAUGGUGGUCUGUGGGGCUGAUGGUCGAGCAGCA